AUGAAAAUUUUCUGUGUUUUAAACCUGGUGUUUUCGCUGAUGGCAGUAAUUGGAAAUUUCCUGCUUAUCCGUGCCCUGUGGAAAGCGUCAUCGAUAACCGCCAACAUCAAAAAGCUCUUCUUGAGCCUCGCCUUUUCAGAUCUGGCUGUGGGUUUGUUUUCACAACUUUGCUUUGCUGUUUUAAUCGCGAUAAUGUUAAACUCGACAUCGACGGGGGAGAUUCCAUUCUGUCCAACAGUCUUAAAUGCAAGUUAUUUCUUAAUAUUUUGCUUCCUUUCUGCGUCUUUUCUGAAUAUCACCGCCAUUGCAAUCGAUAGACUUUUGGCCAUUUGGCUUCACCUCCGAUAUCGCGAACUCGUGACUCCCAAGCGUGUUGUUGUAGCGCUGGUAUCUAUAUGGUCAACAAGCGGGCUGGGUGCCGUCAUCUUACUUCUUCUCCCUCAGUUCGUCGUACAGUAUUUGCAGUCGCUAACUUUGCUGGAUUCCUAUUAAUGACUGUUGCGUAUGGUCAUCUCUACAAAGCAGUUAGAUAUCACCAGAAUCAAAUUCAAACUCAGCUUCAGCUUCAGAAUUCCCAUGCAGCGGAGCUUCUUCGCGAAAAGAAAGCCUGCUAUAACGCUUUAUUUGUAUAUGCUGUUUUCCUCGCGUGUUUCCUUCCUGUUCUCACAUCCACUACUUUGUUAACAUUCCAGAAUUUGCGAGGGGUUUCUUUUUUGUUAUAUGAUCACGUCGCCGUAUUCUUGGCUCUACUGAAUUCGUCAUUAGACCCUUUGGUUUAUUACUGGCGAUGUCGAGAAAUUCGUGAAAAUGUGAAAAACGCAGUGAAGAAAGUC